CCGUUGCUUGGCUUUGACCCGUGGGCCUGCUUCCCGUUGGUUUCAGGACGCGACCCCGCGCAGCGUGAGCCGUGAGGCCGCUGGGGCGCCCGCGGUGCCUCCCCCUAGAGAAGCGAGCCGGGGCGGCGUCCCGUGGGGAAGAUGAGCGGCACCAGCGCCAGGUCCAGCCACCUGUCUCAGCCGGUCGUGAAGAGCGUGCUGGUGUACCGCAACGGGGACCCCUUCUUCGCGGGGCGCCGCGUUGUCAUCCACGAGAAGAAGGUGUCCAGCUUCGACGUCUUCCUCAAGGAGGUGACAGGCGGCGUUCAAGCUCCCUUUGGGGCCGUCAGGAACAUCUACACCCCGCACGGGCACCGCAUCCGGAAGCUAGACCAGCUCGAGAGCGGCGGCAACUACGUGGCUGGGGGCCAGGAAGCCUUCAAGAAACUCAAUUACUUGGACAUAGGAGAAAUGAAGAAAAGACCAAUGGAUGCUGUGAAUACAGAGGUAAAACCAGUUAUCCACAGCAAGAUCAACGUUUCAGCUCGCUUUAGAAAGCCACUUCUGGAACCCUGCACUAUCUUCUUGAUUGCAAAUGGAGACCUCAUAAACCCAGCUUCUCGACUCCUCAUUCCUAGAAAAGCCUUGAAUCAGUGGGAUCAUGUACUACAAAUGGUCACGGAAAAAAUAACGCUGAGAAGUGGGGCUGUCCACAGACUUUAUACUUUAGAAGGAAAACUGGUUGAGAGUGGGGCAGAGUUGGAGAAUGGGCAGUUUUAUGUGGCUGUUGGCAGAGAUAAGUUUAAGAAGUUGCCUUACGGUGAAUUACUUUUUGACAAGUCAACAAUGAGAAGGUCUUAUGGUCAGAAAGCCUCUUCACUACCUCCUAUUGUAGGAUCCAGAAAGUCUAAAGGGAGUGGAAAUGAUCGACAGUCUAAGUCAACAGUCGGAUCCAGCGACAACUCAUCUCCUCAGCCCCCAAAGAGGAAAGGGAAAAAAGAAGAUGUGAAUUCAGAAAAACCCACGAGAGGGAAGCAAAAUGCAAAGUUAAAGAACUCACCACCAACAAUUCCAAACAGUGAUGAGGGCGUUUUCAAAGCUGGAGAGGAGAGAUCUGAAACGCGGGGGGCAGCACAAGUCCAAGAAGAUGAAGACACUCAAGUUGAGAUUCCAGUUGACCAGAGGCCAGCAGAAAUAGUGGAUGAGGAAGAAGAUGGAGAGAAAGAAAACAAGGACGUGGAGCAGAAGGAAGACUUUUUGGGAAUGAAUGGUGACGUUGAAGAAGAAGGAGGCAGGGAGGCUGCUGGGACUCCAGAGCAAGUGGAGGAGACCCCAGAUCACAAGGAGGAGCAGGCAGGUCCUGCCCGUGUGAGUGGAGGCACUGAUGAAGAAAAUGGUGAGGAACUGGACCAGCCUAAUAAUGAGCUUCAGGAGGCAGUGGAUGAAGAAGUAAAGUCUCAAGGAGCUGGCAGUGGACAAGAAGAGGUUGACUCGGACCCUCAAAGACCACCAAAGCCAGAAGUAAAAAUCACUAGUCCAGAAGAAAAUGAUAACAGCGAACAAAACAAGGACAAUUUGUCAUAGCAUAGAUGAUUUUUUAAAAGAGUGUAUAUUGAUUAUAAAGAAAAUGAAGAGUUGUGAUACUUGAAUAAUAAGUAUAUAGGUAUUGCUAAACAUAAUGUGACAAUACGGUUGACUACUACCUACUGAAUUUUAAAAUUAGAGGCCUAAUGGGAAAGACUAGAUAACUUCGAAUAGCUACUAAAAGGCAGUGACUUCUUUUUAUGGGAUGUGUUUUUAAACGUCAUUUAGAAAACUAAAUGAGCCCAGUAUAGGGGAAUGUGAACCAGAAAACAUUUAGCCACUUGUCUUUGUAAAGGAUGAGAAAGAACAGGAUCAUUCCUACUAUAUACUUAUAAAUUUAGAAGUAAAUUAUUAGAUGGCAGCUUAUGCUAACGUGCUUAUCUAAGAAGGCAGAGAAUUUAAAAAAUGAUGAAAAUAGGAAAGCAUGUACUGUCUUUUUAAAGCAAUAAAUUCGAAUAAAUUGCAGUUGAAUUUCAGAGGUAAUUUGGAGAUGGCAAUAGAUGGAACUGUCUCUGUGUCUGGUUGACAUUCCUUUCUUUCUUCCCCCUCAGCCACAAUGCACCUUAGAAGACUUAAAAGGACAAUGCAAGGUAUUCAUUUUGGAAGGAGGACAUACUCAGUGUGUUCCUAAUAUUGUCAUGCUCCUCUCUUAACUGUUUCAGAUCUUAAUCCUUAUGGCUUUCAUGACACACACUCAGGAAGCAACAACCAAUUAUAUCACAGCCUGGCUGGAUGGUUCAAGUCUUAAUCCUUAUGGCUUUUAUGAUACACACUCAGGAAGCAACACCCAAUUAUAUCACUGAGCCUGGCUGGAUGGUUGGCAAAUUCUGGUAUCCUAUGGAUUUUCACUGAUCCAGUCGACUAUUACUAAUAAUUACCAUUCUCCUUCACAUUAUUAUAUUAGAAGACUUAACAUUGGCUAUUCCAAGGCUUGAAUUCUCUCCAAUCAGUUUUUUUUUUUUUUUUAACAAAAGGAAUAAGACAGUGUAAUAGGAAAAAAGUUGGCUCUGUGAAAAGUUUGUAACUCCUCAGUUUCACUUGCUUUUUGCCUUAUUUCUAUUAGGGCAGCCUUGUCAUAUUUCCCCUGCUAGGGAUAUCAGCAAGUAUUUAUUUCAUGGUCAGUUGUAUUUAGACUUUGAAGCAGAUUCCUUGCCAUAUAGUUGUAAGCUCUAUGAUAGAAAUUGUUGAAAAAAGUUUAAAAGUUGUCAUAAUGAAACCAGUUCCUGAUUAUAGUUUUGUGGGUUAAUUAAAUUGACUCAGAUUUCCUUGUUAGGUGUGUAUGGGGAGAAAACAUGAUUGUAUUAGUUUUAUUGAAUUCUUAAGAGAUGAUGCAGUUUUUCCUUAAAUAUAGAAAUAUUUUUCUCAUAUUAAAGAAUAUUUUUAUUAAUUAUGUAGAAAUUAUAAAUUUGAAAUUUUAACUUCUAGUGCUUUCAUAGAAUUCAUUAUUAAUGAUAAGCUUAGAAGAUUUUCUUCUCCUCCUAGUUUUGUAACCAAUCAUUUGUAGUCAAAGUAGUUAUAUAAAGCACUAAAUACUAUAGAAAACAGAUAUAUUUUUCCUAGAAGCUAUUUUAAUAUUUUCCACAAAUAGGAAGUAUAUGCAGAGUCUAUAAUGUAACAGUAUUGGAAAGAGAUAUUGCUGUGAGGUAUCUGAGAAGAUAAUUUGUAAAUGGGGUACUGUAUUUAAUGUAAAGACUAGAUUGUGCUUUCUACUAAUAGGCUUAUUUUUUCAAGUGGAACAAUAUAAAGCUUUGCAGACUAUAAGCAAUAGUCGUGUGUUGGAUAGAGAAAUAGACUACUUGGUUUUUUAAAUGUUAAAUUCCCAUGCUAUUACUAGUCCUGGGGUUAAUGAUUUCAAAUAGUUGUAAAAAGAAGGGCUUAAAUAGAAGAACUUAUAACUAAUUAUCAAGGUGAUUCUUUCCCUUUUCUUUCUUUAAUGAAGUUCUCUCUUCUUUAAUAAAGGUAUUUUAGCUCUUUUUUCCUCCCCAUUCUCUUCUUUAUCAUACUUAAAAUUUAGGUUUUUGAGAACUUUUUAAGAGUGAUCUUAAAGCGCAGUCUUUAUUAUUUUUUUGUUAUUUCCCCAAUACAAUUUUUUUUUCUACUGUACAGCAUGGUGCCCCAGUUACACAUACAUGUACACAUUCUUUUAAAUGAAAAACAAAGCUUGGUAUUUUAAGUAUACUUCAAGAAGAUGAUAGGCCACGAUAACUGCAGAAAAAAAUUUUUAAACGGGGAUGUAAUACUUGCCUAGUAUGUACAUAUUUUACCACCUGACUACAAGAUAUAAUUGUGACCUAGCCUGAGAGAUGAACAAACACUAAUCACUUUUAAAAACUUUGCAAAUGUACAUUACUGAAAAAAAAGAGGAAGAAAUACAUCAUCUAACCAAGGGAGAAAUCAUUCACGGAGAACUGAAAUUGUAAAUGUCAUGUUGGAGAUGACUUUAACACAAAUGAUGAAAGUUAAUUCACCUCCUAAAUAUAGACAUUUGCUUUCUGGGGAUGGCAGAGGAGCUCCACAAAUUGAGACUCAGCAAUAGAUUUGGAGCCCAUUUGGUGCGAGCAGGCAGAGGAGAUCUUAGUUAGGCUUAGGUGUUGUUUAUAGAGGGUGUUAUGAAAAACUCAGGGAGCUUUUAUGUGAGAGCCAAUCGUAGAAUGCUUUCAUCUGUUAUUUCUCUGUGAUAGAUUUUCAUAGUUUUAAUUUUAAUGGAAUACCUUUGUUAAAUUUAAUUUUUUUUUGUUUGUCUCAGUGUUUUAUUUCAGGGGUAAUCUUUCUUUUUUUAAGAUUUUUAUUUUUUCUAUUUUAGUUGAUAUACAAUGUUCUGUCAGUAACUGGAUUUUAACACAUGGCUAAGUAACAUAGUCUGCUAGUUGAAAUGGAACAUUAGGAGUUUUGGAAAGCACUUAUAGAAGGUUUUAACUAAAGUCUUUAUUUUUGUGUAAAGGAUACUCGACCUGAUUUAGCUUCUGUUAAAAUAACAUUUGAGCAUCCAUGGAUGUCUAGUUAUAAAACACGAUACUUUGGCCGUAGGAUAAGUUUUUAUUCAUUAUUUUUCUCUAUGGCCAUAGGAUGACUUUUUAUUUAUUCUGCAUCUGACAUUAGAAAGCCGGACUCAUAGGAAGAGUAUGAUGCUCCUGUGCCUCCCGUUUUAUUCUAAGAGUGCUAAUUCCUGCUGUUGUCUGUAAGCACAGACCCAUCCUAUGUGGCUUAGAGUCAGAUCUCUCUGUAGGCUCACACUUGUGAAGCCAUACCAAUACUAGUUAUUCAUGUUUAACUCUUCCAUCUUAUAGCUCAUAAACCAGCAUCCUUGAAAAUUUCACUAAAUGACCUGUCUUCUACAGGAAGAAAGGAUUAAAGUUAAUACACCCACUUACAACUGUGGCCACAGAACAACAGGAAGGCAUCUUUAUCUUGUUGACUGACUCUCCUCAAGAAUUAGCUCUCUCUUUUCACUUCUUACUCACUAAGGAACAAAGGCAAAAAUUUUUUAAAAGUAGAUUAAUUGCUAAGCAGAAAGCAUCACAUCUGAACUGUUGCCAAUCUGAGCUGAAAUAGACCACAUGGAUAUACACAGACACACAAACACUCACACAGAUGUACUCACACACUUUAAAAUGUUGAAAAGCCUUCCUCAGGCACAGCGUUAUUAAUGGAAUAAGGUUCUUUUUGAGCAAAGUAAUGGAUAAAAAUACUUGGAAAGGAAAUGCUAAGAAGUGAUAUAUAUCAUGGUGCUUUAAAAUUUGAUUCUCCAAGAUUUUAAGAGAUUUAAACUUCUUCUCAAAAUAAAAAAGCUACCAGCAUUUUAGUGGAAAAUUUAUUCUAGGGAGGGUUGAUAUCUACCUACCUAUCCAUCUCGUUUUCCUGAAGUAACUACAGAUUGCAGUUCUUCAGUUCCCAGCCUUAAGUACCAUACACUUUUAGCUGCAGAAUGUUUUAUACCACACAGGCUCUGUCAAAAGGUCAUUAUUGCUUGUGAAUAUGUGUGUGUGUUAUUUCCAUGAACAUAAAGAGAGAACUCUUUUUGGUACCAAGUAGCCAAGUUCACUGCAAAUAGAAUAAAAGUCUGACUUAGUCCGUUAGUUUAUCUAAUGUACAAGUUGAGUGCAGAAGCUUUUUAGCUUCCUUGUAUGAGUGUAAUACCCUGUAAUGGAACCAUUUCUUUUUUUUUUUUUUUUAAAGGUGAGUCUGUUUUUUUAGGGUAAUGAGCAAUACAGGUCUUCAUUAUUAAAUAUCAUUUUUGUAAAUACUGUAAGAUUUUUGCUUUUCAGAAAAUAUUCAGGUAUUUAGAUGGGGCUGAUUUUUGUUCUUACCAUGUGAAAUGUGUGUAUUUCCUACCACGAAGGCUAAGUGACUUGGACGGAGACUGAAUUGUGCCCCCACAUGUUGGUGAGGAAGAAAAAUAUUAUUUUUGAACAGGCCUAACAUUCUGUAGGAUAUGGGGAAUUAGGGAAGAAUUUUUAAAUGUCUGGAUAACAAUAAAGCAUUUAUAAAAUCAGGAGGUAACUACUGGAGCGCCAUUGACCUAAGCUGACAUCUUGGUUUUAAUUUGUGAAUGGGACCAAAUGAGUUCUCCGUAGAUUCAUCUGCGUAAAUCACAUAGUUUAAUUGAAUGUUUGAGUUAUUGUCACAAAUGACAUAUGGAAAGAGGGGUGACUGUAAUCAAUUUUAGGAGAAGUUUGGAGAAAAGCAUUUUCUAUUUGUUGGUUUUUUUUUUUUUUUUGCUUCAGUGUUUUUCUUGUGUCUUAAAUCCUUAAUAUGUACAAUGACAAUAGGUGAUUAUUAGUGUCGUAAGUAAAGAUAAAGUUGAGCUUUUCAUUUUUGUAUGAUUUAUGUUUAGAACUUCUCUUUGUAAGGAAAAUUAUUUGUGUUUUGAUCAAAUUAUUAGCGUUUAGAUUUUUACUUCUGUAUCAGCGUUCAAUCUAAAAUAUGUUUACUGUACUUUUUAGCAAAUAGGUCUGUGUUUUACAUAAUUAAAAUGUGCUUGGAUGAUUUAUUGUUUGUCUCUGAUGUUAAUAUUUCAUAUAUUAAUUGUUCAUACAACAUUUUUCACAAACACAAUAGAAACUUUUGAUUUAAACCAUGUGGAAAUUCAGCACGUUAAAUUAUAUUUCUGUUUCUAUUUGGCGUAGAUAUUAAACUUUAUUAUGUAAAAAAAAUUUUUACAGUUUCAUAUACAUGUUAUUCAGUUGAUAAAAACUUGAGUUACCUUUUAAAAAUCAUUCUUUUUUCUUUUAUGAAAUGGUAUUAGAGAAUCACAGGUUCAGAAUUUUUGUUAUCAUAAAUAAAGAUAUCUUUAAAAUCAAAAUAAAUUACCCACAUCACCUACAUUUUGUGUAGAUAUUGCUAUAGGGAUAAAUUUAUAGUCUUACAAAGAGAUCGAUUAAAAUUCUGCUUCAGUUUGUGGGAUAUUCACUGCCUUCAUGCUGUUGAAUUAAAGAAGUUUUACCUUUUCUUUUCAUGUUUGAGAAACAGAAGCAAUUAAGCACAAGCAUUUUGCCUUGAUAUGUGAUGAGAAAAUAUGUGUGAUUAGAGUACCGUCACUGAGAAUACAGUCACGUACCUCUUGCACAGUUGACUGGUUAUCUUUGUUAUUCCACAAGCAAACCUGAGCAACAGAGGAGGCAUCUAGAUUGCCAGAGUCAAAUUUCUUUAGACCACAUGGCUAAUUAGAGACUUCCCACAACCAACACUGACUGUAAUUUCUUCAAGGUAUUGUAAAAUAGCCAGCAUGCAUUGGCUAGACUGUUCUUAUUUUUGAAAAUAAAUAUAUGGCUUUUUGCAGGUU